AGCAGGCUCUUGGCGCCGGCCUCCAGCAGGGACGCGGGCGGCCAGGAGUCUCCGGGGCUCCCUCCCGCAGCCCGCGGACCCGCCGCUAGGAGGCGCCGUGAGAGCGCCGGGCCCCCUCCCGCUGCCAGAGGAGGACUGGCAUCCCCUCCGCCAGCCCCUGCGCCGGCCGGGGAGCAGGCGGGGAGCAGACCUCAGAGGACAGGCGGCGGAGAGCCGGGGGCUGUCACCGCGGACGCGACGCGCGCACCGACCCAGGACGCGGGCACCUGCGGACCGCCACCCGCCGCCCCUGUGAAGGAGCCGGGCCGGUGUCUUGGGCUCCCGCUCCCCGGUGAGCACCCGCCGGGGCGGAGGGCGAUGUCUGCCGGGGCCCGCCGCGGUCCCCGGGGCAGCCGGGCGCAGCCGCUCGCGCCCCUCUGGUGCUUCUCGGCCGCGCUGGGCGUGCUGUGGACCCCCGCCUCGCAGGCGUUCAACUUGGACGUAGACAAGCUCACGGUGUACAGCGGCCCCGAGGGCAGCUACUUCGGCUACGCGGUGGACUUCCAUAUACCUGCCGCUCGCACAGCGAGUGUCUUGGUGGGGGCGCCCAAAGCCAACACCAGCCAGCCAGACAUCGUGGAAGGGGGAGCCGUCUAUUACUGUCCUUGGCCCGCCGAGGGGUCUGCGCAGUGCAAGCAGAUACCGUUUGACAACACCAACAACAGAAAGAUCAGAGUUAACGGAACCAAGGAACCUAUAGAAUUUAAAUCCAAUCAGUGGUUUGGAGCAACAGUGAAAGCUCACAAAGGGGAAGUUGUGGCCUGCGCCUCUCUGUAUCACUGGAGAACUCUCAAACCAACACCAGAAAAGGACCCAGUUGGCACUUGCUAUGUAGCAAUCCAGAAUUUCAGUGCAUACGCAGAGUACUCUCCCUGUCGGAACAGUAAUGCUGAUCCAGAAGGCCAGGGUUACUGCCAAGCAGGAUUUAGUCUGGAUUUUUAUAAGAAUGGAGACCUCAUAGUAGGAGGACCGGGAAGUUUUUAUUGGCAAGGUCAGGUGAUCACUGCCAGUAUUGCAGAUAUCAUUGCAAAUUACUCAUUCAAGGAUAUUCUAAGGAAAUUGGCUCGAGAAAAACAGACAGACGUGGCUCCAGCUUCCUAUGAUGAUAGUUACCUUGGAUAUUCAGUUGCUGCUGGGGAAUUUACUGGAGACUCUGAGCAAGAACUGGUUGCUGGCAUUCCAAGAGGAGCACAGAAUUUUGGAUAUGUUUCAAUCAUUAACUCUACAGAUAUGACUUUUAUUCAGAAUUUCACUGGCGAACAGAUGGCAUCUUAUUUUGGAUAUACGGUCACAGUGUCAGAUGUUAACAAUGAUGGAAUGGAUGACGUAUUGAUUGGGGCACCUCUCUUUAUGGAACGUGAAUUUGAGAGCAGCCCUAGAGAAGUAGGGCAAGUUUACCUGUAUUUGCAAGUGAGCGCGCUUGUCUUCAGGGACCCGCAGAUCCUUGCAGGCACCGAGGUUUUCGGGAGAUUCGGUAGUGCUGUGGCACACUUAGGAGACCUGAACCAAGAUGGAUACAAUGACAUUGCCAUCGGAGCACCCUUUGCAGGCAAGGAUCAAAGAGGCAAAGUGCUCAUUUACAAUGGGAACAAGGAUGGCUUAAACACCAAGCCUUCCCAAACUCUGCAGGGAGUGUGGGCCUCACAGACCAUCCCUUCGGGCUUCGGCUUUACUCUAAGAGGAGACUCAGACAUAGACAAGAAUGAUUACCCAGAUUUAAUUGUAGGUGCAUUCGGAACAGGAAAAGUAGCUGUUUACAGAGCAAGACCAGUUGUGACCGUGGAUGCCCAGCUUUUGCUGCACCCAAUGAUUAUCAAUCUGGAAAAUAAAACAUGCCAGAUUCCAGAGUCUCUGUCAUCUGUGGCCUGCUUCUCUUUAAGAGUAUGUGCAUCUGUAACAGGCCAGAGCAUUUCAAAUCCAAUAGGCUUGACUGCCGAGGUGCACCUAGACUCCCUAAAACAAAAAGGAGCCAUUAAGCGCACGCUCUUCCUUGACAACCAUCAGUCCCAUCGCAUCUUCCCCCUUCGCAUAAAGCGGCAGAAAUCCCUCUACUGCCAGGAUUUUGUCGUUUACCUCCGAGAUGAAACUGAAUUCCGAGAUAAAUUAUCUCCAAUCAACAUUAGCUUGAAUUACAGUUUGGAUGAGUCCACCUUUAAAGAAGGCCCAGAAGUGCAACCGAUAUUGAAUUACUACAUGGAAAACACCGUGACCCAACAGGCUCACAUCCUGGUGGAUUGUGGCAAAGACAACGUGUGCAUUCCUGACUUGAAGCUGUCAGCUAGACCAGAUAAGCAUCAGGUCAUCAUUGGAGAUGAAAAUCAUCUUACGCUCAUAAUCAAUGCAAGAAAUGAAGGAGAAGGUGCCUACGAAGCUGAACUCUUCGUGAUAAUACCAGAAGAGGCAGAUUAUGUUGGGACUGAACGCAGCAACAAGGACCUGCGACCACUGAGCUGUGAGUACAAGAUGGAAAAUAUAACCAGGAUGGUGGUAUGUGACCUUGGGAACCCUAUGGUGGCUGGAACAAAUUAUUCUCUGGGCCUCCGAUUUGCAGUUCCACGUCUUGAGAAAACAAACAUGAGCAUUAACUUCGAUCUCCAAAUCAGAAGUUCCAACAGGGACAACCCAGACAGCAAUUUUGUGAGCCUGCAAAUCAACAUCACUGCUGUAGCUCAAGUAGAAAUAAGAGGAGUAUCCCACCCUCCACAGAUUGUUCUGCCCAUUCAUAACUGGGAACCGGAAGAGGAGCCCCGCAAAGAGGAAGGAGUUGGGCCAUUGGUGGAACAUAUUUAUGAGCUGCACAAUAUUGGACCGAGUACCAUCAGCAGCACUCUUCUGGAGGUGGGCUGGCCGUUCUCUGCCCGGGACGAAUUUCUCCUCUACAUUUUUCAUAUCCAAACUCUGGGACCUCUGCAAUGUCAAACAAAUCCUAAUAUCAACCCACAGGAUAUAAAGCCCGCCACCCCCCCAGAGGACACCCCCGAGCUGAGCGCCUUUUUGCGAAACUCGACCAUCCCUCAUCUUGUCAGGAAGAGAGACGUGCGGAUGCCGGAGCCCCACAGACAGAGCCCCGCAAAAAUCUUGAAUUGUACAAAUAUCGAGUGCUUACAAAUCUCCUGUGCAGUGGGGCGGCUAGAAGGAGGAGAAAGUGCCGUCCUAAAAGUCAGGUCACGGUUAUGGGCCAAGACCUUCCUCCAGAGAAAAAAUGAUCCCUAUUCUCUUGCAUCCCUGGUGUCCUUCAAAGUUAAGAAGAUGCCUUAUAAAGAUCAGCCAGCAAAACUCCCAGAAGGAAGCAUAGCAAUUAAGACAUCAGUUAUUUGGACAACCCCAAAUGUUUCCUUCUCAAUCCCAUUAUGGGUAAUAAUACUAGCAAUCCUUCUUGGAUUAUUGGUUCUGGCCAUCUUAACGUUAGCUUUAUGGAAGUGUGGAUUCUUUGACAGAGCGAGACCCCCCCAAGAUGAUAUGAAUGACAGGGAGCAAUUGACAGAUGAGAAAGCCGCGGAGGCAUGAGAAGUAAAACCCCAAGCUCAAAACACACAAACACUGGUCCUGUUCAAGGAAAAGAAGGAACACAAAGGUUCAGUAAAUGUUUCCCUGUACUUGCCAGUGACCUAGGAAAUGGAAGGCCCCCAGAAAUAUCACUUCAUCUAUGCUGCACUUUGGAGAAGCUGCCACAGAGCCCAGAGACCCUUCUGGGUGAUGUAACGUCCAUCCUCAACACUGUGGAAACCAUUAGCAAUCAUGAAAGACGUCUUUUGCUUUAGUCGUUCUGUCUUUGACAGACGCUCUGAGAUGGGCAUGGGAACUCAAGUUGCUUUCCAGGUAAAUCCAACUCAAGUUGCAGAGAUGAACUGUCUGAAUCACAGUCGACUUCGGAAGGUGAACUAGGACCGAACCUUCCAACACUACUGCAUCCAACGGAAUAUUCGACACCUCCCAUGGAAAAGAAACAUUUCUAAUGAAGUUAUGGCUCAGGGAGACAAGCAUUAUGUUGUUGGUACUGUGAAAGUACUUUUGAAACAACAAAGAUGAUCUUGUAACUGAGGAUAACAAUUUAUUUAUUUAUUCUCCAUGUCUCUAGGCAGAUGUUCUGGUCAUCUAGAAUAUUUGGACAUUACAAUUUGGUUAGCUGGUUUUUGAAAUCACUCACUAAAUUUCCUUCUAAGAUAACCAUCUUGUGCAGAUAAAUUAACAGAGCUUCAGGAUUUAGACAGUGUUAAGGAAAAGCAGACAGUUUCACUUAAUACCACGCCACCUGCAACCUGAAAUCACUUUUAUUCACAUUUUCCAGGGACUCACGUCUGCUUAAUUUAGCUUUGCAAAAAGAUGUAUUUAUACUUCCUUUUAGAGAAACAAAAAUCUUCCCAUUGACUUAAUUAGCAAUACAGAAAUUUCAAGGUACUCUGGAACCUGUCUGGUGGUUAAAAGUAAUGGUAAAAUUUCUAGAGUCCAUUAACAAAAAAGCAAUUUUACAAUAUGGGCAAGCAUUAUUUUUAAUUAUAAGAAGCAACGCCAAUAUUCAGCUUGGGAUUAAAUACCUAUUUUCUCUACUGUACCUCAAAUUUAUAUACACAGGAAGACGUGUUAAGCAUACAUGGGAAAGAAAUAUAAAGUUAUGCAGAUGUGAGAUGAACCCAGAAAGGGGAUUCCUAAGAAUUUUAUCUACCAUUGUCUAUUCUAACUUUACUACUCAUUUUUACUGCUAAUCUUUAUAGUACAUACCUUUGGAAAAUAAUCUUUAUUUAAGCUAUUCUCCUGUCAUCUAAAAUUUAACCAUCACAAAAAGUUGAUGUUUAGGACUCUUGUAAAUAAUCCAUAACCGUGUGUAAUGUCAUCAUUUUUGAAGUAAACUUGACCAGCCAAAUUCAUAUAAUCUGCACAAUUUUGUAUCCUUUUUAUGAAAAUGAGAAAUUACUAUGAAGAAAUCCUGAACAAAUUUUAUAUUUAUGUGCAAUAUUUUAUAGACCUAUGUAUCUAAAGCAUGUUUACACUGGCAUUAGUUAUGUUUUUAAUUAAUAUGCUGAAUAUUACAUAUAAUAGAGCAAGCGGACCAAAAUCCUUCAGUUUACAAAGCAGUUGGAAAAUUUGUAUUCCCGAUGUCAACAAUCACACUUUAUUUGAAAGAUGAGCCAAACUCACAGACACUAAAUUUUCUGUCAUGCCUUAACCUGGAGGCAAGCCAUUUGGCUACAGCUGCAGAGCUUCAUUGGAAACCACAUGCAAGGCACAUGGAAGAAUACUCUGAUGCAGUUCAUAUUUUUCCCACUUGUGAAUUAAAUCCUGUCAUGGUAGCAGUUUCAAGUGUGUAAGGACUGAAGUCUGGCUCUCAUUGUGUACGGCUGACUGUGGGUGAGAACUGCAGGUGCCUCAGAGAGUUUGAGGGUCCCACAGCAGCCUCUGGGGGUCUUCCAUGUUAGUCGUCUAGGUAGAAUUGGUUUUACAGGGAGGUGGCUGGCUGUAUAUGAUUGGAAGAGUGCCUGACAGGUUUCUCUGCCCCCAAGUAAUGCCCUAACUCUUGUCAUCGUGCCUGACUUUGGGCCAGUAGGGAUUAGCUCCUCAGGAUUUGGGGUCAUAAAAGGUCUCUGAGAAAACAUACCCAUUGCCUUUUAAGCUGCCAUUUGUGAAGAAACUCAGAACUCGUAGGGCUACAUAAAUGUAGAACCCCAUGAACCGGGUCACACAGACAGCUGGAGAAAAGUCGUGAUGACAGGAACAAGACUGGGACCCAGAAGGAUCAAGGUCUGGGGGCUUCCUCACAGUCGCAGCCAAGAGUGGUCCUCUCUAGAGGGAAGGGCACUGCUACCUACAGGCACUUGACAGGGGAUCAUCAUGCACACUGUGGCCCCUCUGCCACCUCAGAUGUGGAAGCAAAUGGAGGAAGGGGGACACCUGAGGUCAGGUGAACCCACCAGUCAUCAGUUCCUGAGCAUCCCUUCUACUUGAGGAACACUCUCUGUCAAUGCACUGGGAGUAUCUGCUUCCCAUAGAGCAUCGCCAAUUGCUUUCAUAAUUCAUGUUGUACCAUGCCUCCGUUAAAGUCUAUGUAUAUUUUAGAUAUCCCUGUUAAAAUUCUUGCAGCUGGUUUUGAAGAUGUGGGAAAAAUGGACAAAUCAAAUGGGCAAAUCAUACACUUGGAGAUUUUAAUUCAGUAAACAAACAACAUGGACUAGCCGCCACUGAAACCCCAUGCUUUCAACUCAACUCCUUUCUUUUUCUUUUAUUUAAAUACAUGUGUAGAUAUCUGUGAAGAUUGUCACAUACCUAUUUACCUUGUCACUAAUAAAAUGAAAAAAUAAAGACAA